AGGUUGUUGUUACUGCUGCUAUUCUUUUAUCGAUGAUACGGUUUGUAUUGGUGCAGAAUAGGCAAGGGAAGACGCGUCUAUCUAGGUGGUAUGUACCGUACAAUGCAGCUCAGAAAAAUAAGGUAGAGAGGGAGAUACACCGGGCUGUGGUGUCUAGGGAUAACCGGUCUACCAACUUCCUAGAGUAUCGUAAUUAUAAAGUCAUCUAUCGUCGGUAUGCUGGCCUAUUCUUUAGUUUCUGUGUGGAUGUCAAUGAUAAUGAGAUGUGUGUAUUAGAGCUCAUACACCUACUCGUAGAGGUAUUAGACGGCUACUUUGGUAAUGUAUGCGAGCUAGAUUUGGUAUUCCAUUUUGAUAAGGUGUAUCACAUAAUGGAUGCCCUAUUACUUUAUGGUGAGAUAGAGGAUACUAUCUCUGCAGUGAUACUUGACAAGCUUCGGCAGUCCGAUAAGCUGGAUUGAUACAAGCAAUUCUCCGUGGUGUGCUAGUACUGCACUAACUACACAUUCUGUUUCAAACUAUCAUCAAUAUCAUGACACUUACCUUACA